AUGACACUUUAUUACAGUCUUGUCUUCGUGCUCCUUGUAGCAGAGAUGGCACUUUUCAUGCUUCUCAUCGUUCCUCUUCCUUUCACCAUCCGCCGAAAGAUGUUUAAUUUCAUAAGCGAAAGUCGACUGGUAGCAAAAUUACAAUACGGGAUGAAGAUUACAUUUAUCUUUAUCCUGAUCCUGUUUAUCGAUAGUGUAAACAGAGUUUAUCGGGUUCAAGUUGAAUUGGCAGAGGCCAAUAAGAAUCAAGCUGGUAACCCAGUGCUCGGCCACGAACGCAUGGAAGUACAAGCCCGCAAAUUCUAUUCCCAACGUAACAUGUACCUCUGCGGCUUCACCCUAUUCCUCUCCCUAAUCCUCAACCGCACCUACACGAUGAUCCUCGAAGUUCUCCGCUUGGAAGAAAAGGUCAACCGCUACGAGGGCACCGGCAAGACGGGUGGAAAGGACUCGGAUAAGUUGGACCGUGCCGGGAGUGCCGGGGAGAUUGGCAAGCUCAAGAACUUGUUGGCGCAGAAGGAUAGAGAUAUUGAGACCCUCAAGGCUCAAUCGGCUAGAAACAAGCAAUUUUCGGAUGAUAUUUUGGACAAGGCUCAAGCGGGUGAAGCUUCGGCCGGUACCCGAAAGGAGAAAUAA